AUGGACAACCGAUCAUCCAUGAUCAAUGGUCUCAAUGAGCCUUUCAACACUCCUAGAAACCUUGAUUCUAGUGAAAUUCAUGCUAUGCAGGAUCUUGGAGAUAAAGAAAGAUGGCUAAAGAGAGACAGCAAAUCCAUCGCUUGGAAAGACAAGUCCAAAUGGUGUGCUUACCAUGAAGACUUUGGCCACAUGACGGAGGAUUGCAUAGCCCUACGAAAAGCAAUCAGCUACCUCCUUAGCAAAGGACACCUCAAAGAGAUCUUAGGCAGAAAAAGAGAAAAAUCCACGGAGAACAACCAAGAUGAUCACAGGAUCCUGGAGAAACUAGGAUCUCCACCAUCUAAUGCUAAGAUAAUUAGCGUUAUCUCAGGCGGAUCUAACAUCUGUGGUACCUCUUAUUCUCAGGCUAAAAGACACGCCAGGGUCUCCAAAAUAGAAAAGGAGGAUAGACCACGAAAGAAUACAAUGGUCAGUAGUGAAAAAGAAAUCACAUUCGAUGAGACCGACAGGGAAGGAAUUCAGGAUCCUCACCAUGACGGCCUCAUGAUAACACUGUACAUGGCUAACCAUUUCGUCAGAAGGAUCCUUGUUGACGGAGGAUCCUCUAUCAACAUCGUACUCCUACACGCGCUGAAGAGAAUGAACAUCCUGAAAUCAGAGAUAGUCAGAAGAUACUCCGUCCUCAUAGGAUUUAGUGGGAAAAAACAGUGGGAGAAAUAA